AUGAUCAGAAAGUCACAGAAGAACCCCAUGUGUGUAAUCUUCAAAUUGGUGCGGUGUUUUGGACAAGGAACCAAUAAAUUUUGUUUACCAAAGUUGGAACCCAAGUAUGUUCAGUUCGGCCACGGCCCAAUAGAUCUACCAAAGGGACAUUUGACGGUGUGUGUAGGCGAAUCCGAAGAUGAGAAGCAACGUGUUUUGGUGCCAGUUACUCACUUCAAUCACCCCCUCAUCGGAAAGUUAUUGGAGGACGCAGAGAAAGUUUACGGGUUCGAUCAUCCAGGUGUAAUAACCAUACCCUGCAGAGUCUCCGAGUUCCAGAGAGUUCAGAAUAUUAUUGCCACCACCCCAAGCUACCACAGACGCCUCAAAAAUUGUUGUUCCAUCAAGUCAAGUGUUAAUUAA